GAUAUAAGAGUAGGCGAUAGUGCCGCUGCCUGGGCAAAAUUUCCCUCAUAGCACACUGUAUGGCGUAUGCCCGUCUUCAUUAGUCCAGCAUAGGAGCAGAACAGUAGGACGUUAAACCCCAUUUCAUUUCAUUUCAUUUCGAAUUUCAGGAAAAUCAAAAUGAAACUGCCCGACAAAAAGGCCGCUCUUUGUACGCAAAUUGUAUAUAAAAUAUAAGUAUGUAAUACUUUAUUAAUACAAAGGUUAUGGACCCUCUAGAAGUCACAAUUUUUAUCCGAGUUUGAUGAAACUUUAAACAUAUCUUUAUAAUUCAAAAAUCGCAGUCCCUUUUGAUAUUUGCACACUUCAGACCAUAACUUUCUGGACUGUACAAAAAAUUGUUUUUGGUUUUAUCCAUCUCUUGCAAAAUGUGGGAAUAUCCUACCUGGCAGCCGCUGGUUUACUUUAUACACAUUAUACAUGCUAACAGAGGGUUAAUUUUAUAAAUGUUAUCGUUAUUUUGCAGGCUAUGACUUUGUCAAACAAAAUUUUAUUUUAGAGCAAUUUCAAUUAUCAUUGUGCCGUUUGUCUAUCUUCGUCGAAUGAAUAAAAACUAAAAGGUGACAGACAAAAACUACCACUGUAACAUUGGUACUGUUUAAUCUAGCGUAAAUAGCAUUAAUUUCUACUCUGUGUCCAAUUAUUCAUAAAUAUUGUUGAAUUUCGGCGAAUAGUGCUCAAUUUGUACUUUUAUCAUAUUUCAAUCUCACUGUUUAAUUUUGAUUACCAAGCGUCUAAUUAACUAGUGUUUAGUUUCUCGACACGUGUUGAAUUAUAAGCGUCCCGUCUUAUUAGCACGACUGUUCAAUAAUUAGUUGGACCGUUCAAUUUCCCGAGCCGUGAUUAAAAGGUUUAAUCUCUCUGUGCCCCCCAAUCAACUGGUGUUAUAGGGUAGUGGUGUGAAAAUUUAAGUAAACAAAGGAUUAUAGACUGUAUCCUUAUUAGUACUGUUCACCUAGUUAAAAUUUAAUUAUUUUAAUGAUUAAAAUAAAUAAGUUAAGUUCACGUGUCAUCGGUUAACGAGUAUCUUAAAUAUUAUUCACCUACCUUUCAUUCAGACAGUACUCAUAAAUCAAUCAAAUAUAUGAUUAGAAACUCACUAUCAUUAUAUAAGGAUAGUUGUCACCCCCAAUUACAUUAUAUCUUUUAAAAUGGCUCAAGUUCGCAUAGGGUUUAUUCCUAAUUCUCAAGGAGGUCAAAAUUUAGUUAAUUUGGGGUAUAAGUACAGAGUAAAAAAUACGAAACCCAAUAGCACCAGCAGACUUUUACUGAAAAUACAAUAGUUCAAUUGGAUAACGGGGGACGAUUGCCCCCUAAAAGACGAAAAUAUAAAAGAGUAGAAGAAUCUAUUAAUGAUCUAAAAAUCAAACUGUUAAAUGGAGUAAAAAGUGCAAUUGAAUAUACUGACGCCAUAUCACAUUUAGUAGGGUUAAAUAGGAAACAUGUUUAUUAAAGGCUAUUGCCUUUCUAUACUCAAUACUCACAUAUCUUGACUAUACAAGAUUUUUACAAAGAAAAACACAUGGUUUUAAAAUAUGGCUGCCAACCCAACUCAACAACAUUUAUUAUCUCCAAAAAGAAGAGUAAAAAGAAAACAAGAGUUGUUUCCCUUUCAUCAUUAAUCAUUUCAGAACAAAUGCCUUGAUGGAGUUCAAACAUGAGAAUUUUCUGCUUAGGCAUCUAGAAAUAUUAAUGACUGGUGGUUAUCCUACUGGGUUUCUCAUACACAUACAUACAGUAAUAAUACCAAUAAUACUACUUACAGCUACAGCAACCUCGAAGUUUAUGAAUCAUAUAUGCUAUUAGAGAAGAUUGAUAGUAUUAUGAGAAAUAUAAGUGAAUCAAAAGACAAUAUCAAUUUCUAUUUGAUGAUCUAUGGAUGUUUAGCUGGUGCUAACUCUAUGUUCACUCUAGCUAGAGCUUUCUUGUUUGCUUUUGGUGGAAUACAAGCAGCACAGGUUUUACACAAGAAACUUUUAGCAUCUAUAUUAAACGCACCAGUGUCAUUUUUUGAUACAACUCCACUUGGCAGAAUUGUCAACCGCUUUUCAUCUGAUGUAAAUUCUAUAGAUGAUUCCCUACCAUUUAUACUGAAUAUAUUUUUAGCACAAGGUUUUGGUAUAUUUGGAACUAUCAUAAUAACAUGUUAUGGUUUACCCUGGUUUGCCUUAUUAUUAAUACCACUAGGUCUACUAUAUUAUAAAAUACAACAUUAUUAUCGUUAUACAUCAAGAGAGAUCAAACGAAUUUCCAGUGUUACGUUAUCACCUAUAUAUGCACAUUUUAGCGAAAGUAUUAAUGGUUUAAGUACUAUUAGAGCGAUGAGAGCAACAGAGAGAUUUACACGUGAAAACCUCCAAAGAUUAGAUCUCAACCAAAGAGCUCAGUUUGCCAAUAAAGCAGCUGCAAGAUGGCUAGAUUUCCGUCUGCAAAUGUUAGGCGUUGCUAUGGUAACUGGUGUAUCAUUUAUUGCUGUUUUGGAACAUCAUUUUAGAUCAGCUGAUCCAGGUUUAGUUGGUCUGGCUAUUUCUUAUUCUCUGUCUAUCACGGGAUUAUUAGGUGGUGUAGUCAUGUCAUUUACAGAAACUGAGAAACAGCUAGUAAGUGUUGAAAGAGCAGAACAAUAUAUCAAUAAUGUACCACAUGAAAACUGGACAGGAAUAUUAUUUCCACCAUCUUACUGGCCAAUACAAGGCUCUUUCUCAUUUCACCAAGUUUAUAUGAAGUAUAGAGAUGGACUGCCUAAUGCCUUAGAUGGUGUAACAUUUGAUACUGAACCCUGUGAGAAAAUCGGUAUAGUUGGUCGUACAGGUUCUGGUAAAUCCAGCCUAUUUCUGGUUCUAUUUCGAAUGGUUGAAAUACAACACGGAGAGGUUAUGAUAGACGGGAUCAACCUACAACAUUUAGAUUUAAUUGAUGUGAGAUCACGAAUAGCAAUAAUUCCUCAAGACCCAUUCCUGUUUAGUGGUACAGUACGAGAUAACUUAGAUCCAACCAAUUCUUUUACUGAUAAUAGUCUAUGGACAGCUAUAAUACGCUGUCAUUUAGAUACUGUAGUAACUGGAUUAGGUGGAUUAAAUGCUGAUGUUGCUGAACGUGGAAAAUAUUUCUCUGUUGGUCAAAGACAAUUGUUAUGCUUAGCAAGGGCUACAUUGACAAAAGCUAAGGUAUUAUGUAUUGAUGAAGCAACAGCAAGUGUAGAUCAUGAAACCGAUACAUUAAUACAAGCUACUAUUAGAGAGGAGUUUAAAGAUAGUACAGUAUUAACUAUAGCACAUAGAAUCAACACAGUUAUGGAUAGUGAUCGAGUUCUUGUUAUGGACCAAGGAAAAGUUGCAGAAUUUAAUUCCCCCAGUGUGUUGUUGGAGGAUAGACAAUCUCUUUUUUAUCAAAUGGUACAUGGUAGAAACUAACAACAUAGAUUAUCAUUUACUGAAAUACUGUUAUUGUGGUAUAUAUUCUUGGUUAUGAUCAGAAGAAAUCUUCUGUGUAUCUAAAUUACCGAACAAAAGAAAGUUUACAUUCUGUAUACAUGUUCCAUAAAAAAGACAAAGACGGUUUUGAUUUAUACAAUGAAUAUUUUAUUGAGGAAUAAGUUUCUGAUCAAAAAUCAAAACAUUAACAAUAGUAUACUGGUGUAGAAAUAUCAUCGUUGCGACAUUGUUUCUAAAUUUAUAGACAAGGAAUAGAGAAAUAAGAUGGUUUAAACACUAUUUUUAUCUUUACAAAUUAUUCUCUAUUGUCAGUAUAUCAGCUAUGGUAUGAGAUUAUUUAAAACGCAAAUUAAUUGUUUAUGAAAUAGUGUGAGAAUAACAGGAAAGAGGGUCUAAGUUCAAGGAUAGAUUGUGUCGAAAAACAUGUGAUAGGAAAAUUACGAUUGCAUCAUUUUGUUUAAUUAUCCCCCGCCUUUCGGUCCGUCCGUCUGCCUGUCCGUCUGUCCGUCACACUUUUUGGGACACAAUAACUCUCUUUCUAAUUGAGCUAGAAUGUUCAAACUUGGUGUAGGUGUUUAUUAGGUCAAUACCUUAAUGGAGUUUGAAGAUGAGCAUUUUCCGCUUAGGGUAAGUGGAGAUAAGCAAUUUGAUUGGUUGAUGCUUUGGGACAUGAUAACUUUUGUUCUAAUUCGGUGAGAGUGAUGAAACUUGGUGUAUAGUUUCAUUACAUCAAUACCUUGACUAAGUUCGGUAAUGAGCAUUUUCUGCUCAGGAUUACCAGAGCGAUAAGCAAUUUGAUUGGCCAAGAUUUUGGAACCCAAUAACUCUCCUUCUAAUUGAGCUAGAAUGUUCAAACUUGGCAUAGGUGUUAAUUGGGUCAAUGCCUUGAUGGAGUUUGAAGAUGAGCAUUUUCUGCUUAGGGUAAAAAGAGAUAAACAAUUUGAUUGGUUGAUGCUUUGGGACACGAUAACUGUAGUUUUAAUUAAGUGAGCAUAAUGAAACUUGUUGUAUAGUUUCAUUACAUCAAUACCUUGACUAAGUUCGAUAAUGAGCAUUUUCUGCUCAGGGUAAGCAGAGCGAUAAGCAAUUUGAUUGGCCGAGACUUUGGAACACAAUAACUCUCCUUCUAAUUGAGCUAAAAUGUUCAAACUUGGUGUAGGUGUUUAUUAGGCAAAUGCCUUGUUGGAGUGUGAAGAUGUGCAUUUUCUACUUAGGGUAAGUAGAGAUAAGCAAUUUGAUUGGUUGAUGCUUUGGGACACGAUAACUUUAGUUCCAAUUAAAUGAGAGUGAUGAAACGUGGUGUAUAGUUUCAUUACAUCAAUACCUUGACUAAGUUCGAUAAUGAGCAUUUUCUUCUCAGGGUAACCAGGGCGAUAAGCAAUUUGAUUUGCCAAGAUUUUGGAACAUAAUAACUCUCCUUCUAAUUGAGCUAGAAUGUUCAAACUUUGCGUAGGUGUUUAUUGGGUCAAUGCCUUGAUGGAGUUUGAAGAUGAGCAUUUUCUGCUUAGGGUAACCAGAGAUAAGCAAUUUGAUUGGUUGAUGCUUUGGGACACAAUAACUUUAAGUGAGAGUGAGGACACUUGGUGUAUAGCUUUAUUACAUCAAUGCCUUGACUAAGUUCGAUAAUGAACAUUUUCUGCUGAGGGUAAGCAGAGGGAUAAUCAAUUUGAUUGGUCGAGACUUUGGAACACAAUAACUCUCCUUCUAAUUGCGGUAGAAUGUUCCCUAGAUGGAAUUCGAUGAUGAACAUUGUCUGCUUACUGUAGGCAGAGAUAAGCAAUCUGAUUGGUUGAUGCUUUAGGGGCACGAUAACUUUGGUUAUAAUGAAGUGAGAGCGAUGGAACUCCGAAUAUAGGUUCAUUAUAUCAUUACCUUGACUUAGUUCGAGUGUGCGAAUUUUCUGCCAGGGCUAAGGAGCGAUAAGCAAUUUGAUUGGUCAAGACUUUGGAACAUAAAAACUCUGCUUUUAAUUGAGGUAGAAUGCUUAAACCUGAUGUAGAUGUUCAUUAGGUGAAUGUCUUGACUGAUUUCAAUGAUUAACAUUUGAAGCUAAAGUUAAGCAGAGCUAAUCAAUUUCAUUGGUCGAUGCUUUUGGACAAGAUAAUCUUGAUUCUAUCUGAUUGAUAGUGAUCAAACUUAGUACUUGCUCGGUACUUUUGAAAAAAAUAAAUAUGCGAUUUAUUAAAUUCUGGAAGGGAAAAGAUGUAGCAAUUUCUAUCAGCAGACUCGCCCAUCGAGUCUGGCUGGCUGAAUGAAGUUUGAGAGAAUUACUUUAUUCUAUUAUGCAUUGUACCAUAUGUAAGCAGCUAUGAUAUAUAAAUUGUAAAAACUGUUGCAUUAUUAUUCCUGGAAAGACAAACGUCUUAAGAAAACAGUAAGAAGUAAAUCCACAAUAUGAAGCAGAAGCAAAGACAGAUAGAGACAAAUUCUAGACGAUCACAAGGCUACUAAGAUAUGUAGUAAGAAAAGAUGCAUGGGUCAUACGUAGGGUGUGGCGACCGGUUUCCAUCGCCCGUUCUCCGCGUCAGACGAAAGACCCAUGGUACUACAUAUUCUAUUUGGUGCCGUACCUCAGUUUCGACCUUUUGGGUAAGCAGCAACUUUGGAAGUAGAAACCCGUACAAACCAGUAACAGGAAACAUUCUGGUGGAAAAAAAAGAAAUGUUGUGGAGAAAAAUAUUGGUGGAAGAAAAAAUAAGAAAUCUGGCGGAAGAACAUUUUUUUUGGGUGGAAAUACAUUUUUUUUUGGUUUGUACAUUAUUGCAUAAUAAAGGAUUUUAGUCGGAAAAUUAAA